AUGGCCAUUAGCAAGAAAUACGCUGGUCUCCCUGACCUGGAUAUUGCACCAGAAGUAUACGAAACUCCCGAUCUAGCAGACGAUGUUUCAACUGUGCAGACAGGCACAGUGCGGACGAUAUCUCCUGUCCCUUCUGACCAUGACUCCGGCGCCCCAGGUCUCGACAGGCAACCGGUCGACCAAGAGGGAGCAAGACGCAGAUUUGGCGCCUCCAGAGUUGACGCCAGAGGUGUAGACUUCUCAGACGCAAUUGGUGGUUCCCACCGCUCAUACCGAACACGAAGCUCUCGGCGGCGCAUGGUCAAGAAUGACAAGGGUGAAGAUGAGAUUGUGUACAUGAGUGACAGCGAAGAUGAGACGCUAGGCAGGAAACUCGCGCGCUUAAAGAGGGAGACUGAAGAGGUGAGACUGCAGUUGCAAAAGCUGGAGCAAGAGAAAGAUUCAGAGAGCGAAUUUAAGGAUAGCGUCGAACAGCAGCAGCAGCAGCAAGAAAGGCACCUUGAGCAGGAGGAAAUCAUUGAUCGUGAUGGGGUGGAGGAAUUGAGUAGGGUUCUUGACGGUCUAAGUGUCAAGGCUGGCCUGAAAGGAUUGGGUACGACGGAGGAGGAUUUCAUUUCGAAGUUGGACUCAAAUGCUCGACAGCAGCAGCGACAACAGACGAAAGAUGGAACCUCACAAUGGACUGCAGCUCAUGAACCCUCGCCCCACGACACACCAUCUUUGGCUGCAGUAGCAGCAUUCUCAGACCGGCUCACUGCCCUAGAAGCCGCACUGGGUGUGGCAUCUACAAGAGCAGAAAGCCCUCGAACGGCCUCAAUCCUUCCGACACUGGACAGGCUUUCCUCCCAAAUAGCCACCCUCUUCGGCGCGCUCAAUCCCCCAACUUCUAAUACUACCGCGUCGGCUCCACAUACGACCCCCCUCCUGGACUCUGUCUCCAGUAAAUUGAAGACCCUCACCAAUGAGUCUAAAGCCCUUGAACAAAGCCGCAAGUCCGCACUCGAAGCCCUCGAGAAACUCCACAACACACGCAUGAACCAGCUAGUGUCAGCCAACUUGCACAUCAACACGCGUCCUCGGCGAGGUCUCUCCAAUUCUUCAGGCCCACAAGGGAACGCAAUCGGGCUCAGCGGCUACCCGCCCAGUCUCAGCAACAACAUCAACAACGACCCAUCCGCGAGCAACACCAACCAGCAGCUUAUGGAUCUCCACCGCCCGGACGACGAGUCUCUGCAGAUCACCUCACGGGUGUUUCUGGAAGAGCAGGCCGUGAAGGUGACGGCGCUGUAUCAAUUGCUUCCAUCGAUACAAAACCUGCAGCCCCUGUUGCCGGUGGUGCUGGAGCGGCUGCGAGCAUUGAGCGUGAUCCACGCGGGCGCGGCGGACGCGAAAAAUGGCCUCGACGAGGUCGAGAGGAAACAGGCCGAGAUGCAGGCUGAGAUCAAGCAGUGGCGGGAGGCAGUCGAGGUGGUGGAGAAGGGCAUUUUGGAGCUUGAGGAGUCCAUGAAGGGCAAUGCUAAGGUGGUCGGCGAUAUGGUUGGGAGCCUGGAGGGGAGGAUAGGUUCUCUGGGCUCAAGGAGGUAG